CCAUAACAGUGGCACGGAGGCGUUAUGCGGCCAGUCGCAAGUUUAGGCGGGAAUCACUGAACCAUGCCAACGCUCCGAGCGCAUCACGAUCGAGGAACGUGUCCUAUUUAUUUUAUGGUGUGAGCUGUGUGAGGCCAGGCCAAUGGACCCGGCAUUCGGACGACUUCGGUUGCAAAGUUCGGCCAGUUCUUCCCUCCUGCCGCGAUCGACGAGCAGGGGGCUAGCUCCCAGUGCCGUGGUGCAUGGGAAGUGCUAUGAGGCACAGAUUAGGCCGGUGCUUGAUUCGGAGUUGGGGAAGUGUGAACCGCGGCGCUGCGGCUGCUGGCGUGGUCGGCAACGAAGCACCGCCAACCAGCUCACCAAGCUGGCGGCGCUACAGCAGGAGCCGGGCUCGUCUUUGACGGGCGUCACACGCGCUGCAGGGGCGCAGGCCACGAGCGAGCCUUGCCGUCGGCAGUGGCGUUGCCGCCGUUGAGGUCAUGGCCACGGGCACACGUGGCUUCACCCAGCCAUCCCGUGGCGAUAGCCGUGGCGACUACCGUAGCAUCAGCACAACACCCGGCAGCUCGCCAGCAUCUUCACAGGCCUUCAUGAUAACUGGUGGUGGCGGCGGCGGCAGCAGUGACAGGGCCGGCAUCAGCACGGGCGACAUGCCGGCGGCACCGCAUCAACCAGUGCGCACCAGCAGCGGGCUAGCCAGGCAGAAGGGGGCGGCAGUGCCGCCGACACGCGGCGUCCAGCAGCCACGGCGCAGGGCCAGCAGCAGUAGUAGCACGCCAGCACCACCAGGUGGUUCGGCCGGCGGCGCUGCUGGCUAUUCCGGAGACAACGCCCUGUGUGAGCCCCUGCGCAUUGUGCACGGGUCAGGCUACUACACCAGCGCGGAAGGCUCCUGGUUCAGCAGUGACUGGCGCUGGCGGCUGGCGAACGCGUCGCUGCCCCUGGACAACGCCACCCACACCGCCGCCGCCGCCGCCGCGCCUCCACAACCGCUAACCGAUCCGUACAAGUGGUUGACGCCGUACAAGUCCCACGGGCCCUUCAACUGCUCAUGGAUCAUCGAGCUGCCCCCGGCGGGCGCGGAUCUGACACUGUCACUGGAUUUCUCGACAAUCGACGCCAGUUUCAGCGAUGAUGGCGGUGACACGCUCGGCGUGUACGACCACGACACCGGGCGCCAGAUCCGAGAUCUGGAUUUCGCCGAUGACGGGCUCUACUUCACCAUCAGCGGCGGCGGUGGCGGCGGCGGUGCUAACAGCACCAAUAGCAGCAGUAGCAGCAGCAGCAGCGGUGGCAUCCAACGCGCCCGGGUUUCGUUCAGCGCGAUGUGGGGCAACAACAGCUAUUACAAGGGAUUUGUGAUGCGGUACUGGGUGUUGCCGCCGGGGCACGGCGACCCCAUCCACGCCGCAGCGCCGCCCGCCAACCACACCCUGUGUGAUCCUCUUCGCGUCGUGCAUGCCGGCGGCUACACCAGCUUGAACGGCUCCUGGUUCACCAGCGACAUGCGAUGGCGCCUGCCCCGGGCGGGGCUGUCCCUGGACAACGCGACAGCUGUGAGGCCCACCACGCCUAUGCCGCCGCUACCCCCCAUUAUGAACGGGGACGAGGAUUGGUACAUGCGUGACUACACCGGGCCCUUCAACUGCUCGUGGCUGUUCGAGAUCCCGAGCGGCGCCAACCUGACACUUUCCCUCGACUUCAAGGACAUCUAUCGCGUCUACAGUUUUGAGGACACCUACGGUUUGUACGGUGACUCUCUCGCCGUGUACGACGAAACCGGGCUGCAGCCAGGUUCGGGUACAUCUGGUGGCGACUCGUCUGGUCUGGUGCUUCGUGACCUCACCACGGCUGGUCGGGGAUACUACUUCUCAAACGCCGCCUCGCUCGCUGCCAACGCCAGCGGCAGCGCCACGCGAAUGAUCCGUGUGCUUUUUCGCGCUGACAUUCGUCCGCGAUACGAGCGGACGACUCGGGCCGGUUUCGCAAUGCGCUACUGGGUGUUGCCGGCGGGCCUGCCCGGGCCGGAGCAAGGCGGCGACCCGGUGCGAUACACGGGCGGCGCGCUGGUGGCAAACAACACCCUGUGCGAGCCGCUGCGAGUGGUGCGGACCGCGGGAGAUCGGACCUUCCACGCAAACGGCUCGAUGGGGUCCCUCAUCACGAGUGAUUACCGCUGGCGCCUGGCGGUAGACGAAGGGUCGGCCCUAGCCAACGGCACCGCCAUCAGGUCAACCGCCGUGCCAACUGGCAGUUGGCUCUUGGACAACCACGACUUGCGGCGUUACACGGGGCCCUUCACCUGCUCCUGGCUGUUGGACCUGCCUCAAGGGGCGGGGCUCACGCUGCUGCUUGAGCACUCGGACAUCUUCCGAGAACCACGGGACAGCAUCUUUGGCUCUAUGUCAGACCUCUACCCCGGCGACAGCCUGUGCGUCUUCGACCACCCCUCGGGCCGUCUGCUGCACAACCUCAGCCGCUACAGCGAUGUAGACAAGACCUUCUUUGUCAAUACAACCACCAGCGCUCGCAUCCAGUUCGACACGCACAUCCGGCCCAUCUAUGAUUCAAUCACAUGGUACAACGGAUUUCUCAUACGCUACGCAGUCAGCGAGGAUGCCCGCAACGGCCCACUCUACAUCAAGUCCCAGAAGGCCACUACCGCCGGCACAACUGAUAACGCACCUGCUACAACCACUGCAGGUGACACCAGCAACAAUAGCACCACAACAAGCGGCAGUAGCAGCAGCAGCACCGCAGCUGCCGCCGUCACAGCGCCGCCCACCGGUGGCAGCGGCGGCGGCGCGCCGUCGCCGUCUGCCCCGCCGCCGCCACCGCCGCCAAGCAUGCUUGCGGCUGCGGCAUCAGCUGCGACGGUGGCGGCAUCGGCUGUGGCGGCGGCGGCGGCGGGGAAGGCGGGCAGCGUCGACAUCAGUUGGUGGGUCAUAAUUGGCCUGGCCAUGGGUGGCGCGUUGGUUCUGGGGCUGGUGCUCCUAGGCGUCAUUUACUUAGCCAUGCAGCACAACCAGGACGUCGGCCCCGGCGGCGCCCUCGCCGUUAUCGCAUCGCCCGCGGCGGCGGCGGCGGGAGCAGCAGCAGCAGGUGCUACAGCGCCAGGGCUGCUCAGCUACAGCCGCAGCCGCAGCUACAGCCACAGCCGCAGCGCCGUUCAUGCAAGUGGUGUCAGCGGCGGCGGCCGCAGCUUCGGCGGCGGCGGCGGUGCCGAGGCCACAGGGCUGGUGCUGGCGUCUUCCCGCCAAGCGCCGUCGCCAGGCCAGGUCCGAGCGGCGGGAAUGUACGGGUAUCCCAUGUACCCGCCUGCCGCCGCCACCACCACCGCCGCCGCCGUCACCGCCUACGUGCAGCAGCAGCAGCAGCAGUCGCAGCAGCAGCAGCAGCAGCAGCAGCAGCAGCAGCAGCAGCAGCAGCAGUCGCUGCAGCCCAUGAUGAUGUACGGUGGCGGCGGCGGAGGCGCGGCAGUAGCGGCGGUCGUUGACGGCCGCGCCGCCUCUGCUACUGCCUCCCGCCAGCAGCAGCAGCUGCACAAGCUGCCGUCGCGCGCGCUUUCCCGCCAGGACCUAUCCCGCCACGAUUCCACGGCGUCGAUCGGCCGCUGGGUCUCGGGGGACCUGCAGCGGCCGUCACCGGCAGCAAAUGAGGGAGGCGGUGGCGGUGGGGAUGAAUACGGAGGUGGUGGUGGCGGCGGCGGGAGUCGCGGCGGCGAUGGUGGAGGCGGCGGGGUCAGCCGUCAGCCUUCGCGCCGGCAGGCGCAGCUGCAGCGGCAGCGCACCAGUCGCCUCAUGCAAGCAAAGCAGCUGGAUGAGUACUACGGCUAGAGCCGGAUGAGUAGAUGAUGAGUGGAGUGUGGCUCAGAGAGCACGCAUGCAUGGCUUCCGCUUGCUUGCGGCAGCCGCAUUCCUCCGACGACCCCUGGCCUUUCUCGCCGCUUUUCUUCAAGCAUGAGCAACGACCUGUUUUGUAAAAGCCUGAGCGGCGACCAUUUAACCUUGCUGGGGAAGUCUGAAGAUGCAUGUGGCACUGACUGGCACUGCCGCCGGCAUGUUCGGCAAGUGUGCGUGGAACCGGUAAUCAGGGAUGUCUCAGGCCAGCCAGCGUGCAUGAAGUAAGGGCAUCGGCUGUGAUGGCGUCGUGCCGUGGCGCCGCAAGUGGCCGUUGGUUUUAAUACCGUAUUCAAGUCUGGAA